AUUCGCUAUUCGCUAUUCGGGUUUUCCAGACACCCCUGUGUCAUUAUUUGUUUGCCAGCUAUUCUGCAAAGCCUUUCUGAAGAGUUUGCCGAAAUCAAUACCAGGGUAACAAUGAUCUUGUUCGCAUAUUUCAAUGCCGUUCGCUGAUACUUUACCGUGAGUCAUUUAUCGGUUUAUUUUGUAACCUGCCUACUCGAAAAACAAAUCAAAUGUGGGAAAGUUUCACCACAAGCUGCUGUAGACUUUGCAAAGGAGAAGAAAGCUCUGAAAACUACCAGGACAAUUGCAAUGGCUCGUGUGUUUUUUUUUGCCCGUGUUUGUUCAUUAUUUAGUCCUGCCCGUCUAUUUUAAGAGCAGUAGUGAACAGGUGAACGUAAACGUUAAUUGUUUUGUUCCCCGAUGGGACCUCGGGGUGGAGCCUCUCAGGUAUGAAACUUUGUAGAGUAUCCCACCCCUCCCCCCCGCCCCUCCCCACUUGGAUUUAAUAUCAGAGAAGACCCUGGGGUCGAGUUUGCCGAGCGUCGCGCCUUCAGGUUUGUCCUUUGUCGACCUCCUUUAUCUGCAUUUACCUUCACCACGGGACUAAUAUUCUAAUGAGCUUUUGUGCUUAUUUACAAGAUAUUAAACCAAUGUAACAAAGAUAUCUACCCCACACUGUGAGGACAUGGAAUGCGUAGAGUGCAGUACUAGUGAUUGCAAAGAACCCCAGAGGAGGUGUAAGGCAGGUUAUGGCUGUUUCUCUUCAUUUAAAGAGAAACAGCUAAUGAAAGGCUGCAUUGCAAAUAAUUAUCAUUACAAGAUAAUUUGCACAAAUACAGCACAUCCAGUCUUCUGCUGUGAAGGAGAUUUAUGUAACUUAAAUGUCACACUGCCAUUUCCAGAUAAACAGCCAAAUAGACCAUUUGAAGUAACUGUAAAGAAACAGUAUGCUGACUAUGAAAUCAUUAUUGGAGCCGUUGUUGCAGCACUAAUUGUUCUAAUCUUAUCUUGCAUCCUUUAUUUGCGAUGUAGAUUAGCACGACACAGAAUGCCUACAUGGCAUGAAGAAUCUCCAAGACAAAAUCCAAAUGGCAUGUUAGACCAGAGCUCUGACAGUGGUUCUGAUAUGCCAUGUCUGGUAAGUUCAAUGCAUGUAUUAAAUGUUUCAGAGCUUUGUGAAAGGUAACAUAUGUGUCUGAGCCUAAUAGCCUGUCAGGCCAGUGCUUUUCUUGGGUUUUCAUUACAUGCAUAUGAAAUAACUAAGGGUAUUAUUUUGCACUCCCACCUGGAUGAGUUGCUAUUCUACCCUGGUGAAAAUCUUCCAUGGAGAGGGGGGUCCUUCACAAUCUUCAUGAGGACCUUAUCAAGGAUCUUGACCAAGAUGCUCAAAGGGUUUUGCUUAGAUCUAUAAAGAUCUUUACAAUUCUAGCCAGGAUACUCAAAGAUCAUGACCACAUCCUUAAGGAUCUUCAAAGAUUUUUGAAGAUCUUGGAGGGUCCUUGCAAAGAUCUUUACAAGACCAUUCCGUGUAAGACUUGCAAGAUC